CAACGCUCAAGGUAGGGCGUGGUGCCAGAACUGAAAGAAAACACUGAACAAAAAUAGCAUCCAUAUAUUGAGAUGGUGCAGUCCCAAACAACGGCUUGAAACGUUAUCUACAAUAUGAAAAAGCUCAUUGAACUUUAUGAGUACGUAAGAUAUGGUUUUGGCUGUGCGAUGCUACUGGGCAUCACACCGCAGUACCUGGGUGCGUGGCUAGUGUGGCGAGGUAUCACACUACCACUUCCUGCCUGGGUUUAUCAAUGGGGUGAUGAUCACUUGUACUCCAUGUAUCAACGCUUGGUACUCUUCUUCUUUGAGACCUGCACUGGUGUAGAGGUUGUGAUGUAUGGAGACUCAGAGGAUUUGCUGACAAAAAAAGAGACUGUGCUUUACUUUGCCAACCACCAGAGCACAGUUGACUGGGUGGUGGCUGACAUGGUGUCAGUGCGGGCUAACAGCAUCGGUCACUUGCGCUACGUUAUGAAGAACACACUACAGCUGCUGCCGCUGUAUGGCUGGUAUUUCUACACCCACGGCUGCAUUUACGUCAAGCGAGGCUGCUUCAACCAGGGCAAGAUGAUGCAGGCUCUAGACUACCUCAAGCAUCCUAAAAUUCCAUCGUGGCUCAUAAUUUUCCCAGAAGGCACUCGCUUCCAUCCCUCCACACCCUCCGCCAUAGAGAAGAGCAAAGAGUUUGCCUGCAAGAACAACUUGACUCCUCUGCAGCAUCUGCUCACGCCCAAACACAAAGGAAUGUGGCUGGCGGUAGAGCACCUACACUCGAAGCUCGAUGCUCUGUACGACGUGUCGGUGUUCUAUGAGGGUAGCGUGGACACCCGCACCGGCGAGCGCCGAGACGCUCCUCAGCUUGUAGACUUCCUACUGGGCCGCUGCUCCAGAGUGCACAUCAAAGUACGCAGGAUACCCAUCAGCCAAGUGCCCAAAACCGAGGAAAAGUUCAAAACGUGGCUACACGAAACUUUUGUUGAGAAAGACGCUUUGUUGCGGCCUUUCUUCACGGGAGUUAUUGACUCAUCGUGCGAAUUAGCAUCGAGAAAUGAAUCUCAGGUUGACAGAACCAACAGCUUUUCCUCUACCCAGGAGCUUGACGCUCAAAAUGUUCUCCGUACUUCUAAAAGUGGCAGUCUGUACCCCGAUUUAGAUUCUGACAAUGUUGUUAAUGGAGACGUGUCAUUUAAAUACAAUUACAAUCGGCUGAGUCGGCAGUGCGGUGGCGUGACCAGUCCCUUAAGCUUAUGGGCUACAGUGCCUUCCUUCCUGGUGUUUGGUGCUUCUUGUGUAGUUAUGGCCUGGUCCCCCUGGACCAGACGGCUCUUCUGGUCCCUCUUAGGCUACGGCACUCUAGGCACUUAUGCCUGGCUUGCUGUCAGGAAUGUUUGCUGAUGAAGCAUGUGCUGUGGCCCGGUCGAUGAGUUGCACUUUUUCUCGCUAGUGACGAAACAAUUGAUAUCGCAAAAAACUGCCGACAAAAUUAAAUAUUUAUUGAUUUGCAGUAAUCUAAUUUAGUUCCUGUUGUUUUUAAAAGCUGUGCAUCAGGUGGGCCGCAAUACGUUUUCAUGCUCCCCGUUUUUCGAUGAUAAUGGCCACUUGACCAUUAUUCAGCCUCGUACAUCAGCCCUAGGUGCCAUCAAGUAUUCAACUAGUCAACGAACAGUUAACUUUGUUCGCUUUUAAAACCCGUGCAAUUUCUGCCUACGCAAAUUUUUUUGGACUCUAAUCAUUUUUCUAGUAAUUUUUUCAUAUUUAAAAAAUUCUGACUAAAAAAUGCCAGGUAUCCCGCUCUUCUGCUGGUUUGUCGUUCAUGAACAGAAUUAUGCAGGGGGCUUUUUUUGGCGAUGCUGCAUUGCGCGAGAUAUUUCUUUACGAUGACAUGGCUGAAAGCUAUAAUGAUAUUGAAUAUUUUGCUAUACCGAUGUCGUUUUCAAGGAAACAGGACAGCUCACGAAUGAAAUUUGGCAUGUCUAUUUCGGUAGUGAUGAAUCUAACAAUCGUUGCAUUAUUUUAUGUUCAUUUCGUGAAGUAAUUCACGUUUUGAAUUGCACAGAAGCCAACAUUCCUGGCCUGAGCUAACUUCUUGAUAGGAAGAGAGUGCUCAUGCGCGUCAUCUGUGGUCGACCGCUGGGCUGCUUUAAUUCCGUUCUUUAUUUUCUUGUAACAUGUUUCAGGGCAUAUCUUGUUUGUUUCGGGGCAUAUAUUGCUUGUUUUAGAGCACAUCUUGUGUUGGACAGAGAAAUGAUUGAAAAAAGUCUGACAAAAUGUUUGCAUCAGCUGAACUUUUCUUGUUCGCAAGUGUUGUUAUCUGUCCAAUUUCAAAAAGAUGUGUCCUAGCCAAAAAUACUUAGUCAAACCGAAAAAUGAAAUUUGUAUUUCAUCAUUUGAUGUAAUUUUCUUCAUCAAUAGUCGCGCCAGUGCUUGAUUUGUGUAAGUUUCAUUAUUUACUAAUUGAUUGUCCUUAGUUGCUUGUGUUGGAAGCUCUUCAUGAGCUAUGCCUUCCUAGCGAAUAUCCCCUGUCAGAAUUUACGAAUGGAUCGAAUUCAAUGUUCAAAUUGAAUCCAGAUGGUCGCCAUACAGAUUGUUUGUUUAGACGAUUCUCAUCCGCUAGACAACAUGAUGAACUGUUAGCCAGUUUUCCUGCUGUUAGAUAUUAUACCUUUCGGAUUAUGCUGACCAUUAUCAGACAGAACGAUCGUACAUGUUUUCUGGUUGAUUAACUUAUGGGUGACUUUUAAUGCUUACUUUAGCUCAUGAAAUUUUACUCCUGAAAUACGGGUUUCCCGUGCCGGAAAGGCAUCGCAAGUUUAGUCGUCACAAACAAUUCGUGUCUGAUUGCGGAUUCUGUUGUGUGUGUGUUGGUGUUAAGUAGAUGAUGGGAGACGACCUACUUCUUGUGGUCCCUGUCGUGAGGAGGUAGACGUAGUACCGUGCUAGCGUGCACCUGCACGAGUGCCUUCAGUACAGUUGCACUUCACCUGCCACUUCUCCGUCUUAUCUUAUCGCAAAUGCUUACUCCGUUAUUGUAUUUUCAGCUUCAGAGUGAUGGUCAUUUGGUAGCUAUUGUUGCCGGGAAUAAUUUUAACGUAAUAAAACUUUGAGCGAUCGAGACCUUUUAUCUUUUCGCCAGGGAAACUUUACAACUAUCGGUCCGCAAUAGCUGUGAUAGCUAUUACUUGCUGCGUAUUUUUCAGCCGUUGUACCACUGCUACCGCUCUUCAUUGGCUGUUUGAGCUUCUGUUUCUUUGGUCUGUGAUAAAUAAAAAGCUACAGGAGCGAUUGUUAUGCUUCGUUGCUUGCCUACACGACCGAAACUGCAUAAUUCGAAGAAGCCUGCAAGCAUGAUUAAGAAGUCAAGCCAAAGAUUUGAUAUUUUUAAUCGUUAGUUCUUCAAUAAACGGGGCUUCAUUAUCCUAGGUGGUAAGUGCAAUCGAUUUUUGUGAGGAUUUAUUCACUUUGUGCGUUUUUGAUUAGCAUACGUUUGGCUAGGAAAAACUGAUGAAAGUGUGUUGUGGCUGUACUAUAUUAUGAACAAGUAUAUCGUACAAGAUGCUUGUAGACCAAAUACUCGUUACUUAACUCGAGUUGCUUGUGUUUCCAUUAAUGUGGAGACAGCGGUUCAUUCUCGUCUCUACAAAAAUUGGUCGCUUUGUAUGUUUCAUAUGUGAAUUAUAUAUUUCGAUGUAUUAGGUCGUAAUAAUUAAAUCGCGUUUGUCUACUUAUAAAUAAACUGUUUAUUGCCUUCCCGUGUGAGAAUUUUUAUCGCGAUUCAUUGGUAUCAAAAGCGAUAUUUGUACGCGACUUUAUUAACGUUACCGUUUCAUUCUCGAAAUGUGAAAGUUUCUGUAAAUGUUCACUGCGCGUGUACGUAUCAUAAGGAAACCCAAUGCAAUGACGGUCACAAGGUCGUGUAAUAGCCUUGAAUCUUCCACUGUGAUGGUGUAGCAAAUCGUACUUUUUCGUGUUAACUAGUUUGUUGGGACUUUUAAUUUAAAAAUAUAUACGUCGGCAAAUAUUAUAAAUAUUUAGGGACCAGCUCCGAUGUUCUGUUUGAAUGAAGUCGUCUUGUGCCACAUUGUGGACCUAUCGAAUACGCGACCAUUGGAUUUGAAAGCUAUAAGUAUAAGUGGCUUGGAGACUUUGUAAUGUUACCUAUUGUAACUAUUUCCACUAAGCUGUGACGCUUCAACUCACAGGAAUUGUCUGACGCUAUUUUUUCUCGCCAAAUAAUAUAGUGUAACCUAAAUGUCAGUAUUCAAUUGGGGCUUUCGCUGAUCACCGGAUAGGAUUCUUUCUUCUAUUUGAGGCCCUGAAAUUAGCUGUCAAAUACCAACGAACUAUUACAUGUAUUGGAAUAUUCUAAUGGUGUCUGCCAUUUUACUCCGUGCUGAAGCUGAUUUCUAGUUUAUAUCACCCACUUAUUGAAAAUAUUCUAUUGCAAACUCACGUUUUUCUAUUUAUUGGAUCAAUAAAUGAUUGAUUGACACUCAUAAGUUUUGCGCAAUGGCUAUAAACUUUAUACUCAUUAUUAUUGUACAUUUUGCUCAGUGUAGCAUUGAGUUAUAGGUACCAUUUUGAUUAUUGACUUUAGACGAGACAUGUAUUUUUGGUGAUAUCUUGAUGAUUGAAGGCGCUGCCACUCCAUACGCGUCCUCCAUCUGUUGCGGCAGCUUUUCUGGUAGGAUUCCAGUAGGAGUUUUUAUCGCAGCCUACUUAUUUGUUUAACUAGUGUAACUCUAGCGCCAGUUGAAAUCGUUCCUUGUAAAGUAUUAAGCUGCUUUUUUCGUGCAUCCCUUGUUCGCUUGUAUGCCUUAAGCUGCUCCCACGGAGGAGGCUUUACUACCACGGGGGUGGCUUUAUUCCCACGGAGGUGGCUUUACUCCCACGGAGGUGCGCUUCGCCGGAAGCAUUUCCGUAUUUUGCUGUUAAUCUUGUUUCUUUUAUACCAUAACAUCUCAAGUUGAGGCGUCUCCUAUCCCUUAUUGGACCAAAGUUUGCUACCAGAAUGCAAGUUUAGUACGAGUCGAGAGCGAGGUUUUCUUCCUAACGUUGACACUUCAAUUCCACUUCCACAAUUAUUGAUUGUGGAUUAGACGCCAUCCAUCUUUAUUGACGGCUAAGCCAAUUUAAAAAAAGUGAACUAAUUUCUCAUGGUUUCAAGUCUCAAAUUUACUAUUAAUUCUCUCGUAUUCUUUGUGUUAUGUAUUUCUUAUUUAAGUAAACUUGAAGUUUUUAGUUAGUAAUAGCCCAUGGAGAUUUAACUCUGUCUAUAUUCGUUGUUUGAUUUAUAGUCCAACGCAGUGAUUCAGAUUCAUGUCGGUGUAUCGUGUGUUAGGUGUUUGUUAACCUAGAUAGAAUUAUGUCGAUUAAGUUCUGUUCUUACAUUCAGAGUGACUGAUUUCGUUCUUAGUGGAGUGAUGUAUUUUUCGUUAGGUCAGAGCACGGCGUUUCAUGUUGGCACUUCACCAGCAGGCGUGUGGAUGUAUAGGCUGAAUAAAUCUGCGUGAAUUGUGUGUGUAGCGACCAGUAGAGCGUUCCUCACUUUCUCCUGUAAACAGUUGCGUAUUUCCUUUGCUGUUAAUGAAGAUGACUUUCGGUUGACAUGAGAUUCCACAACAUAAUUUUUGUUUUGUUCAUAAAUGCUUAAUUAAGCUGUUGAAGUCAGUUUCGUGAUUGAUCUGUGCCAUUUUGAUAUUCAAUGCAACUUUUACCUGCAUUGUUGGUGGUACCGAUAAUUUGAAGAUAAUGCUAAGUUGUUUUGUGGGACACAUUGUGUGUUAUACGUAGAGUCGGACUUGUUCUUUGUACGAGAAUUAAAUACUUAACGCUGAUCAACAGAUUAUAUAUUAGA